UGUGAUAGCACCCUCUUUUAUCCCGAAUCGUUUUAUACUCUCUCUCUCUCUCUCUCUCUCUCUCUCUUCUUCUUCUCUUUCCGUUCCCAUCUCACUUCCUCCAGGAAUUGGUUUCAGUUCUACGGAAAUGUCGAGCUAAAGCUCUUUCAGAAGCUUCAAUUUUACCUUUUAUCCUAGAAAUCACCGGAAAGUUUCGAUCUUUCUAGUCCGCAAAGACUUUGUCUUUUUUUCAGUUGUAGAUGAUGAUGAUUGCAGUGAUUCAUGGACUUGGCUAAUUUGUGUUAAUAGUUGCAUGAAGAACUGGAGGUUGUUUACUGAAAUAAGAAACUAGGGGAGAAAUUAAUAAUGGGUAUGAAUGCUUUUGUGAGUUUGAUCCUAUUGAAGUGGAGAAACUGAUGGUUUGGAAAUAGAAAAUUUUGGUCUUGGUCAAUAAGGCGUAACUUCUUUCUGCAAUCUUGAGUUUGUGCGGAAAUGGAUGACACUGAAGAUGAUGCAAGGUAUCCUCCGAAUGUGUAUGGUGCAAAUCACCCACAGGGCUAUGAUUCUGCACAGCCCCCGAAGCUACCUGCUCGAAGUGGUUCAUUUUCUAGGCCAGUUAGUCAUUAUGAGGACGAUGAGGAUGAUGAGGAUGAGGAGGAUGAGGAGUUGGGUGAGGAAGAAGGCCACAACGGUCAAAAUGGUUAUCCUUCUGUUCAUAAAGAUGUUGGGGAUGAUGAGGAUGACGAUGAUGAGGAGGGUGAUGAGGAUGAGGAUGAGGAUGACGAAGAAGAUGAUAAGAGCAAAGUCUUUAAGAGGAUUGACGAUGAUGAUUUGCAAAAGCACCCAAAGAAGCGCAAGUUGAAGAGUUUGAUUUCAAGUUAUGAAUUUGCUCCUCGUGUACCUGCUCCAUCGGUUCCAGCACUCCCUGCCCCAAGACAAUCACAUGGUGGCCGGAAUGCACUUACAGAUUGGACUGAGCAUGAGACAUUUGUUUUACUAGAUGCUUGGGGUGACCGGUUUCUUCGGCGUGGGAAAAAGAGUCUUCGCUCUGAGGAGUGGCAAGAGGUUGCAGAGAAGGUGUCAGAGGUGUCAAAGAUUGAAAGGACAGACACUCAGUGUCGUAAUCGAUUGGAUACCCUGAAGAAGAAGUACAAAAAGGAGAGGGUCAAAUUUGCAGAGACUGGAGGUGCUACUAGCAAGUGGGUAUAUUUCAAGAAGAUGGACAUGUUAAUGUCAUCGCCACAACAGCAGGCUGGUCUCUCUUGUGGUUUGGACUCAGGAGAGUAUGUUUUCAUGAACCCUAGAGUGUAUUUGAACCGUGCAAACGGGUUAGAUGAGAUGAGGGAUAGUCCAGGGAAUUCAGAAUCUGCUGAGGGAGUGGAGGAUGAGUCAGAUGGGCUACCACCCAAGAAGAGAAGGUUUGGAAGGGACAAUGAUGAGCGAUCUUCCUUUAGAUUGCUUGCUGAUUCUAUUCAGAAAUUCAGUGACAUAUAUGAGAAGAUUGAAAAAAGUAAAAGGCAGCAGAUGGUAGAGCUAGAGAAGAUGAGGAUGGAUUUCCAUAGGGAUUUGGAAAUGCAGAAAAGGCAGAUUAUGGAGAGAGCACAGGCCGAAAUUGUGAAAAUGCGGCAGGCUGAUGAUGAGGAGAAUGAUGUGUCUGCUGAAAAUGCUAGUGGGUAAUAGCAGUAUCUAUCUGUAAUGUUAUUUACUUUUUUUAACUGCUAGCUGUUGUUGUUGUUGUAACAAUUAGGGGUCUUUUACCUCGUUUAAUUUAUUGUGAGGAAAUAAUAUGUUGAUGUUGUAGCAGA